GACCUGACCUUGGAAAGAAAGACAACACGAUUCAAUGACAGUUUAUUUUUAUCUAGGUGAGUGGGCCAAAGUCUAUUCAGAAGGGAUUAUAGCAAAUAUAUGUGAUUGGUUACUUUAUUCAUCAGAAUCAUGAGGUAAGCAGCAGGGGGUAUUUAAAAUCUUUGGAUGGGAAGCCCAUAGUUGCCUGAGUAAGAAGAGAAGGCUUCAAUGGAUCUGGUUGUGGUCCUGGUGCUCUGUCUCUCUAGUUUGCUUCUCUUUUCACUCUGGAAACAGAGCUAUGGGAAAGGGAAGCUCCCACCUGGCCCCACUCCUCUCCCAAUUAUUGGGAAUAUUCUACAGUUAGAUAUGAAGGACAUCAGCAAUUCCAUGAGCAAUUUCGCAAAAACCUAUGGUCCAGUGUUCACUCUGUACUUGGGCAUGAAGCCCACAGUGGUACUGCAUGGAUAUGAAGCAAUUAAGGAAGCCCUGAUUGAUCAGGGAGAAGAAUUUUCUGGAAGGGGUCAUUUUGCAGUAGCUGAAAGAACAAAUAAAGAGUUUGGAGUUGUUUUCAGCAAUGGAAAGAUAUGGAAGGAGACCCGACGCUUCUCCCUCAUGACCCUGAGGAAUUUUGGGAUGGGGAAGAGGAGCCUUGAAAACCGUGUUCAAGAGGAGGCCCGCUGCCUAGUGGAGGAGUUGAGAAAAACCAAGGCCUUGCCCUGUGAUCCCACUUUCAUCCUGGCCUGUGCUCCCUGCAAUGUGAUCUGCUCCAUUAUUUUCCAAAAUCGUUUUGAGUACACAGAUCAGCAUUUUCUGAACUUGAUAGGAAUACUGAAUGAAAACACAGAGAUUCUGAGCACCCCGUGGAUGCAGAUGUGUAAUAUAUUCCCCAUGCUCCUUGAUUAUUUCCCAGGGAUUCAUAACAAAUUAUUUAAUAAUGCUAUUUUUUUAAAAAGUUAUAUUUUGGGGAAAGUGAAAGAACACCAAGAAUCCUUGGAUGUUAACAAUCCUCGAGACUACAUUGACUGUUUUCUGAUCAAAAUGGAACAGGAAAAGCACAAUCAACAAUCUGAAUUUAUUACUGAAAACUUGUUAGCUACAAUAGCUGAUCUGUUUGGAGCUGGGACAGAGACAACAAGCACCACCCUGAGAUAUGGACUCCUGCUUCUGCUAAAGCACCCGGAGGUCACAGCUAAAGUCCAGGAAGAGAUUGACCGUGUGAUUGGCCGACACCGGAGCCCCUGCGUGCAGGACAGGGGCAGCAUGCCCUACACGAAUGCUGUAAUACAUGAGAUCCUGAGAUACAUUGACCUCAUCCCCCUGAGCCUGCCCCAUGCAGUGACCCGUGACAUUAAAUUCAGGGACUACAUCAUCCCCAAGGGCAUGACCAUAUUGACAUCAUUGUCUUCCGUGCUAUAUGACAAAAAAGAAUUCUCCAACCCAGAGAUGUUCGACCCUGGUCACUUUCUGGAUGCGAGUGGCAACUUUAUGAAGAGUGACUACUUUAUGGCGUUCUCAGCAGGAAAACGAAUUUGCCUGGGAGAAGGCUUGGCCCGCAUGGAAAUAUUUUUAUUCCUGACCACCAUUUUACAGAAAUUUACCUUGAAGUCUCUGGUGGACCCAAAACACAUUGACACCACCCCAGUGGUCAAUGGAUUUGCCUCUCUGCCACCCUUGUAUCAGCUCUGCUUCAUUCCUGUCUAA